AUGGAGUACAUACUCGCAGCUGCGGUGUUGGGCUUGGGUAUGUUUCAAUCUUCAUGGCUACGGACAUGUCCAGACACGAAUCUCUGCUACUCGCUCAACAUCCCAGAGUCAACCGCUUCCAGCGGCAAUGGUGACAUCUACUUCCAAAUCAGUGCUCCCACAACCUACGAAUGGGUCGCCCUGGGACAAGGCUCCGGGAUGGCAGGCGCCAACAUCUUCGUCGUCUACACUUCUGCAGACGGCCAGAACGUCACCGUCUCCCCUCGAUUGGGAACCGGCCACGUCGAACCUCAACAUAAUGCCGAUGCUCAGAUCACUAUCCUCGAAGGCUCUGGUGUGACCAAUGGUGUUAUGACAGCCAACGUCCGUUGCAGCAGCUGCAACACCUGGAAUGGAGGAAGCAUGGACUUCAGUACAUCGAGCGCGAGCUGGAUUCACGCCGCCAAAUCGGGGCCAUCCAUGGCGACAGAUGACGUUGCCGCGAGCAUCAGUUACCACGACAGUGCCUCGCCGUUCGAUUGGGACAUGGCCACCGCAAAGGGCGGCAGCAGCGUCAACCCCUUCGCCUCGACCGCUGAAACUGGCAGCACUGACAGCAACAAUACCUCCACCAACUCCUCCAGCACCACCUUCUCCUCCUCCAGCGCCCCCUUCGGCGGCGACAUGGCCCUAGGCGACCGCGUCCAACGCGCCCACGGCGUCCUGGCCGCCCUCGCCUUCGUCGUCUUCUUCCCCAUCGGCGGCAUCCUCAUCCGCGUCGCCAACGCCACCGGCCUCAUCUGGAUCCACGCCGCGAUCCAAGCCUUCGCCUACGCCAUCUACAUUGCCGCGUUCGGCCUGGGGAUCUACCUCGCCACCGAGACGGAUCACAUGAGCGACCACCAUCCGAUCAUCGGCAUCGUGCUGUUCGUGGUGCUGUUUUUCCAGCCGUUGAGUGGCUGGCUGCAUCAUUGGACGUUUAAGAAGAGCGGAGGGAGGAGUGUUUGGUCGUGGGAACACAUCGGCAUCGGCCGCAUCGCCAUCAUCCUCGGCAUGAUCAACGGCGGUCUGGGCAUCAAACUGGCCGGCGGCAUAUCGACCGGCUACAUCGCCGCGUAUGGCGUCUGCGCAGGUGUCAUGGGAUUGCUCUAUAUCGCGGCGAUCGUGUACGGCGAGACGAAGCGGAGGCGCAAUAAUGUCCCACCCAGCUACGAUGACUCGCGAAGGGCGCAGUCGCGUGAGCUGGAGAGUCAUGAUGGAUCGCCGAAUGGACGUGGUUAUUACGGAAAGGAGAAAGGUCAGUGA